UGUAUUUAAAAUAUACUUAGUAAAGUAAAAGCGAGUUGUCAUUUUCCUAAAGGCAGCAACACAAUGGUCUGACCGAUAUCGUCUACCCCUCCUAUGGCAUUUAUAAGUCCUCCCAAACGAUGAAUUUGAACACCGAACACGAUAAAUAUCCCUUCGUUGUGAUAACCGCAGUCGACGAUCAAAAAUGAUAACCGGAUUACGAAAGAAGUCCCUUUAAAUUCUGUGCAUCACACUUUCACACUAGUGUGAUGGCACAAGAAACUCGUACUGAUGAUGGCAUGUAUCUGAAACAAGAGACGUCUAAUGUUGUACAUAAUGUAUGUUUUGUUUGUGGAAACUCUGGACAUCCUGAACAAUAUUGGUUACGAGUACGACCGCCUUCUACCGGACCAUCUGAUGGCUCACCACACUUUCCAUUUUUGGAAAUGCAUGAACCACCACAAGGUUAUAGACAACCAUUAAAUGCAAAGCAGGAUAGUGCGGUAACAAGUUGUUAUUUGUGUUAUUCACUAUUAAUUGGUCAAUGGGAUCGAUAUGAAAGAGAGAAUGUUCCCGCAAGACAACGGGUCUACUGGUUAAAACGCUGUGAUAAUGGUCCAUUUACUGGUGCUGAUCUUUCUACUCAAGGAGAAUAUGCGUGUCAAUUAUUGGGACUCAGUGUUGAUUAUACUAAUAGUCAUAAAGACACUAUCAUGUCAUCUGCAAUGUCUCAAAUUACUGGAGAAGAUAGCCGAGGUGCUAGAAUACCUCUUACAUCAGUCUCUACAUCAUCUGAUCACAUAGCACAACAAAAUGGUUCAAAUCCAAUUAAUACGAGUACACCUCAUUCUAAUCCUGGAAGUUACAGUAGUAGUAGUGGUACAGAUAUUUUAGAUUUAUCUAUGCCAGACAAAAAUUCUUCUACUGAAGUUUGUUAUGUCUGUGGAGAAGAAUUCCGAAGAGGUUCUUUAUCUCAUGUGUCAGCCAAACCACCAGCUGCAGUUACCCAACCUGACCAACCAUUUUUUCCUAGCCUUAUGCUUCACCCUAGACCCCCUCGUUCUAGGCCAAUGGAUAGUACAGGGCGUGUACAAACGUGUUCGGCUUGUCAUGCUCACUUAUUAAAUCAAUGGCAGGUGUAUACAUCAAAAGGCAUUCCACACGGAGAAAGGAAUUACAUUUUGCGUAAACGGUUAAUUCCAUCUAUAGAUACUUCUACAUUUAUUUGUUUUACUUGUUCUCUCGAAUACCCUUCAUCGUCUAUGAGGACAUUAUAUUGUUACCCAAAUAAUAUUCGUGAACCAUAUUAUCCAUCAUUAAUAAAAAUUAAAACUCCCCCUGGUGCUCUUCCUAUAUCUUCUCAAGGCACUGUUCAAGUUUGUGCUGUAUGUUUUAAAUCUGUACCUCAAAAACAUCAAGUUACUAUGUUAAUGGAUUUACCAGUUGUUCCAUCACCUUCUCCAUCUUUGCAAUCAAUUAAAUCACCAGAUAUUCGAUUUCGACCAUAUGAUAUAACUAAACCAAAUAAAUCCCAAACACCAACUCCAUCAGAAGCACAUCGUAGUACUCUUGCAACUAGUACUGAUGUAUCUGGUAAUGGAGGACCUGUACGCAUCAUGAGUGGGAAUAAUUUUCGCUGUUUUGUUUGUUAUGAAAUGCAACAUCGUUCUCAAUUAGAAUGGUUAUGUACAAAUGCAGAAGGCAUGAAUUCACAUGCAAUGCAUUUUCCAUGUCUUAAGCAAUUAUCAAGAUCAGCAGAAAAUUAUUGUGUUGAAUCCCAAGGCAGAGUUCUUGCUUGUUCUAAAUGUGUUCAACAAUUAUCUGUUCAAUGGAAUUCCAUGGAAGCCAACAGGGUCCCGUUAGAACAUAGGAGGUAUGACGUUCCUGGUUUGAAUGUUAACGGUUAUAAUUCACAACAAAUUUCUAGUCGAAAUGAUAUUUCGUCCAUAUAUUGUUUCUUAUGCAACCAUCAUUCUGACCUUACUUAUGCGAGAGUGUUAUAUAGCCGUCCACAAGGUCGAAAUGCACCAUAUUUUCCAUAUCUUCUUAGACAUGAAACCACACCAGGUACAGAGCAAUUACGUGAAGAUGGAUCUGCAUUAGUAUGCACAUUUUGUUAUCAUGCUUAUGUUGCUCAAUGGCGAGAUUAUGAAUCAAGUUCCAUUUCUAUUCCUCAACAUGAAAGAAUUUAUAAUCAUAAAGAAUAUGUAUGUUAUGUUUGUACUCAAAGAACUGGGCGUCGACAUAUUCGAUCCCUUGCAGUGAAUGACUAUCCUUUUUUACGCUACCAUCGUCAAAUUGACCAAGCAUUAUUAUUAGAAAAUGGAGAAUUUGCAGUUGUUUGUGUUGAGUGUUAUGAAACUAUACAUAUACAAGCUAUUGAAUAUGAACGAUUUGGUAUGCCAUUAGAUAAACAAAGUGUUCAAAAUAUAAAUGCAGUUAAAAUGGUCAAACAAGAAGACAGCUACAGUCAAAGAGUACCACAAAAUAUGACAGUAGAUAAAGCACAGGUUAAUCAGACAAAUAAAAUUCUUCGAAAAAACAUAAAACAACAACAAACUGUUGAUAAUACGAAACGUUCUAUGUUAAGUUCCAAUCAAUUGAACUCCAAAACAGAUUUAGGUUUAGUCAAACCUCAACCAACAAGUUCAGGUUCUAAACGUACUUUAAUGCCAAAUAUUAUGGGCCAAACUCCACCACCACCAUCUCCUGGUGGUCGAUCAUUUGCUGCUGCUUUGAGAAAUUUAGCUAAACAAGCAGGACCCCCUUCUACUCAUUCUAAUGAUAAAGAAGGAAUUGAAUCACAAGACCGUCUACAACAAGAAUCGUUAAAAAGUCGCAUCACACUUCCAGCUUGUAAUAAAUCACAACCUGACAAUGAAUCAAAACCAGCUGGUUUAAAUACUGAACCUCGUAGUGGAUUUCAACCUUAUAAGCCAGAUGAACAAAGAACUAUGGUGCCUUCAUCAGCAUCUGCUCCUCCUCAUUUUGCAGUUGAUCCUGCUUCAUAUUCUCCUUAUCAUCCUGCAAAUCUUUAUUCUCCACACUUUCAACAUGCCUUUAGGAUUGAAGAACAAAUGUAUCUUGAAAGAUGUGGAGUGCCUUUAUUUCCUCAUUCUCCCUAUCAUUCUCAUACUACCCCUCAUCCUUCAGCUCUUUAUGGACUUCACCAUUUGCAGUCACCAUUAGUUAUGUCACCAAAUAUAGUAGAUAGAAUGAAAAUGGAAGAAGAUCGACUUCAAAGAGAUAGAGAUAUGCAAGAGCGAGAAAAAAGAGAUAAAGCAAAGCAACAACAGAGAAUUAAAAAUGUACAUACAUUGGCAGCUGACCUUUCAGCUAGGAAGGCGUCAUUAAUGUCAAUUGAAAGUCAUACAAAUAAACCUCAAUUUGUAUGUCCUUUUGAGGACAUCAAAUCGCCAGAUUCAUCAAAAAUAAUAAAGCAACAGUUACCAAAAUCAAACCACCAAUGUAAUCAUGGGAUAUUCAGUUAUAUCAUUAUACCAAAAUACUCUUCACUUAUCGAUGUUUUCACUUAAACUUCAUACAUUUAUAUCCUUCUUAAUAAUUUUUCAAUGAUUAUUUGUCAAAAAAAUUAACCUUAACAUAUUUGGAGCAUUGGUAUUAAUAAGAAAUUACAUAAUAAUCUUCAAUCAACAGCAGUGGAUAAGACAAAAUUAUUUAUUCUUAAUGUGCCAGAAGUAACUAGUUGAUGAUCAGAUUUUGAUGUUAAAAAUAAAACUAUAAAUAUUUGGUGCUUGAAGUUGACAAAGAAAAAUAUUAAGAAAAAAAACUAAAAUAAGAAGAAAGAACUGAAAAUGCUGAACUUAAAUAAAAUGGAUAUUAAUCAAGAACAUUAUCAUUCCCUUAUACCUUUAACAUUUUAUAAAGCAUUGUUUGUUUACGUCAUUCAUUUGUUACGUGUUAAAAAAUAUUUUUCAAAUUACCAUUUCAGUUAUCCAUUAACUCCAUUGAUUAUUCAAUUGCUCAAUAAGAACCCUGUUUAUUUUAUUUUGUAUUUUGGUGUUUGGCAUUUGAAAAAUCGAAUGACAUACAGCAUAUUAUACCCCUAUUUUUGAUUUGUUUUACCAAUUAUUUAAUUUUU